AAGACAUUAUCUUCAACUUCAGUGAAUGAAGUUUACUCCCGUGUAAAGUAAUAUUCAUAGUGAAUUUUUUCUUUCAUCUUAUUCGAUAAGCAGCAACACUGUUGUUUCGCCAUUUUGAUUACUUUUGAAGGUGGGUUUUUGUUUACGUUUUUUCAACGUGCCCUUUUUAUAUUUUUGACUGAUAAGGAAGCCGGUUUUGACUGAACCCGUGUAUGCCAAAUUCAGCAUCCCGCAUUUCGCACACAUUAGUACUUCAAUUCUUCCUUCCACAAUAGUAGUGUGUUAGAAUUUUGGAUUCAAUCAAACUUGGAAGUCUUGCAAAAUGUUGGAAAAACUUAUCCAAAAUAUGGUAAUGGAGGCACCACCUUCUCCACAGAGUGUUGGCAGGGAGUUUGUAAGGCAAUAUUACACCCUUAUGCAUCAGGCCCCCAAUCAUCUUCAUAGGUUCUACAAUAACCAAUCAUCUUUCGUCCAUGGAGGUUUGGAACCAGCUAACCGUGAUCCAACCCCUGUGAUCGGUCAGAAGGCCAUACACCUGAAGAUCCAACAACUGAACUUCAGGGACUGCCAUGCCAAAAUCACUCAGGUGGAUUCUCAGGCUACCUUGGGCGGAGGUGUUGUGGUGCAGGUGACAGGUGAGUUGUCCAACGCUGGACAGCCCAUGCGCCGUUUCACCCAGACCUUCGUGCUGGCUGCUCAGGCCCCCAAGAAGUAUUACGUCCAUAACGAUAUCUUCCGCUACCAGGAUGAAAUCAUCUGCGACGAGGAAUGCGAAGCGGAGACUUGUUCUGAGCCAGAGGAAGAGGCUAACCAAGAAAUAGCUGUUAUUCCUGAGGUUCCCCAACAAGCUCCUCAAGUAAUGCCGCCAUUCCCUCUGCAGCCGGCCAUGCAGCCUGUUCCUCAUAUGGCUGCUCAACCUCCGCAGAUGAUGGCCCCUCAACCUGUACCACAGGUUAACGGAGCUCUUCAUCCUGAAGACUUCAAUAUUAUCUCUGCUCAAGCGCCAGUACCAAGUCCGGUGAUGAGCAAUCCACCAAACCUACCUUCAGCACCAAUUCCAGUGAUGCACGCCGCCAUGGUUGUUCCUAGUGCCAGCCCUCCGGCUGUCAUCGAGGAGAAUAUCGUCGAGCAGGUGGAGGAACCCAGACCCGCCUUCGUCGAGGCCGUAGAACCCGAGCCUGAACAGCAGGAAUUCUCGGUUGAGUCGAUUUCAACCUCCAACGAACCCAAGACAUACGCCAACCUACUCAAGUCCACCACCUACCCAACCACCGCAACGCAGACCUCACCGCAGCAAAUCCAACCUCCUCAGCAGCAACAACCCCAGCCUCCAGUCAAUCCUCAAACUUUCCCACCUAAAACCACGUCUCCCACUUUCAACCAACCCGGUAGGAAUGGAAAUAGGAACAACCGCAACGGUCACCAAAACGCACGUUUGCCCAGGCAAGAUCAGAGUAGGAUGUCCGGCGGAAGAACCGACGAAGCUGGAGUUUUCGUAGAUGAUAGGAGGAAAAGCCAAACGAAUAAUUAUUCUGAUAGCAACCAGCUUUUCUUGGGAAAUCUACCUCACAAUGCGACCGAAGAAGAGCUUAGGGACAUCUUCAGUGACUUUGGACCUAUUGUAGACCUGAGAGUACACAGCAAGGGUGCCAACAAGAACGGUAUGGCUGGUGGCCGAACUCCACCCAACUACGGAUUCAUUACGUUUGAAACCCAGCAAGGUGUACAAAAUUGUCUUGCUGCCAGACCUAUUUACUUCCCGAAAGGAAAGGAAGGUGGAACUCCCCUCAACGUAGAAGAAAAAAAAACGAAAGAUCGUCCAUCGUACGGAGGAAGACCUAACAACGACAAUAGGAACCGCGACAGAGACAACACACAGAGAAGAGGCCCCAACGGACCUAACCGCAAUGGCACUAACGGAAACAAUGGUGCUGGCAGCCAACCAAACAGACCCACAUAUAACAAUCGGAAUGGACCGACCAACCGUGGCCCUCCCGCUAACAAUACCUACAACAACCGUCGCUAAGGAAGCAGAUGUUGGGGUUGCGUACGGGUCAACGACUGCCUCAACCAAUUUUUUUUUUGUGAGCCACUGCUUAUUGGCAAUUAAAGACUUAAUAUUUUAAGAUUAACAACAUCAACGGAUCUCUUUCCGUUGCUAUCCUUAUAUUAUUACAACAAAAUACAGUUUGUGAGGACAAAAUCUAGUGUACGUAAAAUGUACAGUGUUUGAAGUCUGAAAGUGAAAAGUUAGUGCCAAUAGUGGACCAUUAGCUGAAAGCAUUUUUUCCCUCAAAAGGUUUUUACAUCGUGAAAUCUCUCAAGUGAAAGGAUGGAUUUCUGAUGUGUGAUAAUUUUUUUUUUUUUUUAGUAUAAUAUUCAAUCCCUGAUUUGAGUGAUUUCACUAACAAAAUCUAUUUUACAGAUGUGAUGGAAAUAUUAUGUAUUGUUGUUGUCAUCUAUAUAGUGAAAGCAAUUUUUUUAUUGAUUUCCGAUUGGACUUCUUUUGUUUUUAUUAGUCAUCAGGGAAAUUUCAGUGAAUUUAGCUUCCAUACAUUUGAAAGAAAAAUGGUUUUAUGUAUCUGAAUUGAUUAACUACGAAUGAAUCAUCUUAAUGUACUAUGUAUAUUAACAUAAGUUAAAUUCUUCCUGUGGAGUGCAUUUCUCUUUAACACAGAGAAACAAAGAGUGAUGGCGAUUAUACAUGAUGCAAUAUUAAAUUUACAGUCUUUCCGAUUAUUUUGUUUCGAUUUUAUCCAGAUUUGAACUUAAAUUAUUUUUAUUGUAAAGAAUACAAUGUAAUUUAUAUUGAGAAAUUAGUCAAUAAAAACAGGUUGGGCUGAAACUAAUGCGGAGCUUUUCAAAUUUGAAUAAAGGAGAAAAAUGUACAGAAGAAUUUAAAACUCGAUAUAUAAUUUAAUAAUUAACAGCCGGAAUUGUAUGCUUUGCUAUAUUUAAUUCAAAUUUCGAAAAUCUCUUCUGGUAGUUCACGUCUGACCCUGAUAACAACUUGUAUUUUUUCCUAUUGACCACUGUAGGGUAGCUCAUCGUUUUCAUCAAACUUGUCUUAAUCAAUCACUGUCCUAACUUUCAAUGAAAUCUACCUGAUAUUUCAAAAUUAUUAUUUUGUUUUGUACAAACCAGAAAUAAAAUUUAUUUGAAAAUAUAA